UAGACUGGAAAAAUUGGCGGGGGGAAAAGCUGCCGGUUUAAACACAACAAAACACGAACCUCUCAGCAAAGAAGCGCUUAUUCACCGGGUUUUAUGUCGUUUCUCGUGCCGGUGAAACCGUAACCUUGUCAGGAUGAAUGUUCCUCAGCACAACGGCGGAGUUGCGGAGAUUUCCGAGAAACUGGAAAGAUCUUUGACCAUGGAUACAGACGACAAGAUGGAAGCAUACCACAGGUUCAUUCAGGAGGGUAAAGAUGUUGCCAGACAAGGGGACAUGCACAAAGCACUGGAGUUCUUCAAACAGGCGCACAAACUUCAUCAGAGCCAAAAACUUGAAAAGAGGAUAAAGAAAAUUGAAGAACUUAUUGCUCAGAAUGACUCAGAGGCUGAAGAUGAAGAGUUUGUCAAUGUCAGAAACAGCGGUUUAAUGCUUUUUAAAGAGUUACAUGACAAGCUUUAUGACUACCAGAGAAAUGGAGUGGCCUUCUUGUACGGUCUCUACAGAGAUGGAUAUAAAGGUGGGAUCUUGGCGGACGACAUGGGUCUAGGUAAAACCAUCCAGGUGAUAUCAUUCCUCUCCGGGAUGUACGAUAAUGAGCUGGUUAAACACACACUGCUGGUCAUGCCAACUUCACUUAUCACAAACUGGACCAAGGAGUUUGCCAAAUGGACUCCUGGCAUGAGGGUCAAGGAGUUUCAUGGUACCAGCAAAGGAGAAAGGACCAGAAAUUUGGAGAAAGUUCAGAGGAGAGGUGGCGUCAUCAUCACCACUUACACUAUGCUUAUUAACAACUGGCAGCAACUAUCGUCAUACCAUGGCACAGAGUUCACAUGGGAUUACAUGAUCCUGGAUGAGGCACACAAGAUAAAAACAACAACAACCAAAACAGCCAAAAGUGCCUACGCCAUACCCUCAAAGAACCGAGUUCUUCUCACGGGAACUCCAGUCCAGAACAACCUGAGAGAAAUGUGGGCGCUCUUUGACUUUGCUUGUCAAGGCACUCUCCUCGGCACGGCCAAAACAUUCAAAGCAGAGUAUGAAAACCCCAUCACUCGUGCCAGAGAGAAAGACGCCACUCCGGGAGAAAAAGCUCUUGGCUCCCGGAUGUCUGAGAACCUCAUGGCCAUAAUAAAACCCUACUUCCUCCGCAGGACGAAAUCAGAAGUACAGAAAAACGAAAUGAACGGCACACAUCCGUGUAAAGAGGAACACUCAGAAAACAAGGACAACCAAGUCCCAAAUCAUCGAAAAGACUCUGGAGCAGUCAUGCCCACGCUUACGAGAAAGAAUGACCUGAUUGUCUGGACUUACCUGAGCGCUGUCCAGGAGGACAUAUACAGGCAGUUCAUUUCACUGGACCACAUCAAGGAGCUGCUCUUAACCACCAGGUCACCUCUAGCUGAAUUAAACAUUUUGAAAAAGCUGUGCGAUCACCCAAGACUGCUCUCUGCUGGAGCCAUAGCCAAGCUGGGCUUGGAGGAGAGUACAGCUGAAAACCAGCAGAAUGAUGACGUGGAGACUGACACUCACAGCAUCGCUAACGUUCCUGGCGACACUUUAAUAUCUGAGUCUGGGAAACUUGUUUUUCUGUUUGCACUCCUUGAAAGGCUCAAACAAGAAGGCCACCGCACACUUGUCUUCGCUCAUUACAGGAAGGUGCUCGACAUUAUCGAACGCAUCCUGGGCAACAGAGGCUUCAGAGUUUUGAGACUGGAUGGCACGAUCACCCAGAUUGCAGAGAGACAGAGGCUUAUUACUCUGUUCCAGACUGACGAGCGGUACUCCGUCUUCCUCCUGACCACCCAGGUUGGCGGAGUUGGCAUCACCUUGACGGCAGCAAACCGAGUGGUGAUCUACGAUCCCAGCUGGAACCCGGCAACAGACGCCCAGGCUGUCGACAGGGCAUACCGCAUCGGCCAGACCGAAAACGUCGUAAUCUACAGGCUGAUCACCUGCGGCACGGUGGAGGAGAAAAUCUACAGACGGCAGGUUUUCAAAGACUCCCUCAUCAGACAGAAUACUGGAGACAAGAAGAACCCGUUUCGGUACUUCAGCAAACAGGAGCUGAAGGAGCUCUUCACCCUGGAGGACACCCGGUCCUCGUCCACACAGCUGCAGCUUCAGGCCCUGCACUCCAGACACCGACGGACGGACCGUAAACUGGAUGAGCACAUCGCCCACCUACACGCCAUGGAGAUGUUUGGGAUCUCUGACCACGACCUCAUGUUUUCUCUUGACAUCAACCAUGAUGAGGCCCUGGAGGACCAGCAGGAGCACCACUACAUCGAAGGGAGGGUCCAGAAGGCUCAGGAGCUCAUGAAGGCUGAGUCAGAGUUGCAAAUGCAGCUGGCAGAGAGCAUGGCUUCAAGCACAGAACCAGCCUGGCUCAGACAACCAGUGGACAACAACAACAGAGAGCGGUCACAUGAGAAAAAACCAAGAAACCCAAAACCAAGUCCUUCAUAUCCACAAUAUGACAGCAACUCAAACAGGUCACUGGUAGUGGUGGAGUUGGACCACUCGGGUUCUGGCGAGGAGAACGGCCCCCAGAAUCUGAGUAACGAAGUAAUUAAUCUAACUGAAGAUGAGCAUAUGACGGAAGAACAACACGUCGUAGAAGUAGGCCAAGACCAGUUUUCCGAGCAGAACCUGGAUUCCCCGAAACACCAGUCUAUCAAGCAGGACAGGAGUUACUUGGAAGCAGCAGAGGGCUCUCCUCAGGAGGUGAUUGAAGAGUCUUUACUGAUGUCGGAGGCUGUUGAUGCUGCAGCAGGUGAUGUGGCAGAUGCCUCUGUGCAAGAACUUAUGGACCAAUCAGCAACGUCUGAUGCUGCAGUUCCCCCAGCAGGUGAGGGCAGCCCCGCGUACGUUACAGCAGCUGAUGAUGAACAGUUUCUGAACGGAACUUCGCACUCAAAAUGCGACGACUCUGAGAUGGACUUGGGUCACCAUCAUGUCACGCCUCUGCAGAACAAAAGACUGUCGGUCUUGCAAGAGCCCAAUUCAAGCUUCAAAGCAGACACACCAUCCAGAGCCAGUGCUGGGCUUGAAUCCUUCGAAGGCAACUUCAAUUUACAGCUGGAGGACAGCGACAUGUUCUCAGACAACGAAGUUCAGGAUCCUCAAGAGACUGCAGAGGAGGAGAGGAAGCUGCUGUCACAGCUGCAGAUCGAGGGGAGCUUUGAUGUAAAUAAAUCCCUUUCUGAGAUGCAGCAUAAAGAGGCUCUCGAGCGGAGCCUCAACAACGGCAGUGCCUCUGAAAUGGAAGAGUCAAUGAAUGAUUCCAUUGUAGGCAUCAAAAAGAAAAGAGCAGCAGUCAUUUAUGAUAGUGCAGAAGAAGAAGAGGAAGCAAGUGCAGAAGAAGAGGAAGCAAGUGCAGAAGAUGAUGAGAGGGAACUUGAAAACUCCUUCCAGGUUCUUGGAGCCUCCACACCUAAAUCAGCACUCCCUGGUUCCACCCCUCUCCGGGCAAGAAGGAGUGUGGGAGGAAACACCUCUGUGGCCUCCCGUCGGUCCCUCCUCCAGUCCAUCAUCGAAGACAUGGAGAACCACCACCAGGAAAUGGUUGAUGAGGAUGACGGUGGUGAUGAUGAUGGUGAUGGUGAUGACAGUUCGGAGAGGCAUUCUGAUGUGGCUGAAGAGGAAGAAAUCAUUGAUUCAUCUCAUGAUGAGUUUCAGCUGGAGAAGACCACUGGAGAGACUCUGAACACAGAGGGGGAGGAAGAGGAGAUAGAAGAUGAGGAGGAGGAGGAGCACUCUGAGUCAGCAUAUGCCGUCAGUGAGUCAGGAGAGGAAAUGGGCAGCAACCUCGAGGAAUCGACCAAUGAACUCGAGCUAUCCUCCACAGAGAGAAUGGAUCAGUGCACCGUUGAUGCGGGAGUCAAGACGAACGGGAUGAAAGACAUCGUCAAGUCCGAGGGCGAGGGCUACGACUCCCUGGUCAGCAGAGGGAGGGAGUGCUACAGCAAAGGGAAGCUGGACAACGCCCUUGGCUUCUUCCUGAGAGCUAUCGACAUCAAACCCGGAGAUCCUGAAAUUCAGCUCAUGACCAUCCAGCUGUACCGGCAGCUGAGUCAGAGAAGUUAGAACUGUCCUGCGACAGAAAAGAACCUCUGCCACAGCCUGAAAUCUGCCAGCUGGUAAAUACUGUUACAACCAACAAUCUGGGCCACAAUGGGUGCUCAACAAAUCCCAUGUUCAGACCCAAACCCACAGUGUGUUAGUCCGUCUCUCAACACUUCCUGACCUCCCUCCUCCGUCUGUGGCUCUCAGCUCCGAGCCCAUUGGUUCCUGCUGAAGACGUAAAUCUUUAAAAACGUCUGACAGAUCAAUAGAUUUUUAAAUUUUAACAGGAGUCUAAAGCCACGCUGGCACCUCUGUAAGCCUGUACUUAGGCUCAGUGCUGCUUUAAGCAAAAAUGCUAACAUGUGGAUGUUUAGCAAGUGUAGUGUUUACUAUGUUCACUAUCUUUAUUUUGCGUGUUAGCAUGCUAAUAUUUGCUAAUAAGCAAAAAACACAAACUCUAGCUUGUUUCGCAGGUAUUUGGUUUUAAACCAAAGUAUUUGACAAAUUAAAUUGUUGACCUGAUAAUGGCACUAGAUGAAAAAAAACCAGAGGGUCAUUACAGUUAUUA